AUGAGUGAUCUCGAUAAUGCGAUCGCCCAGCUCCGGGCAUGUCGACCCAUCCCAGAGGCCCAGGUCCGCGAGCUCUGUCACAAGGCACGCGAGCUCUUGAUCGAGGAAGGCAACGUCGUCACGGUCGCAGCACCCGUCACGAUAUGCGGUGAUAUACACGGCCAAUUCCAUGACUUGAUGGAGCUUUUCCGAGUUGGUGGUGAUCCGCCAGACACCAAUUACCUCUUCAUGGGCGACUUUGUCGACCGAGGUUUCUACUCUCUAGAGUCAUUUCUUCUGCUGCUUUGUCUCAAGGUCCGAUACCCGGACCGUAUGACCCUCAUCCGCGGCAAUCACGAAUCACGCCAAAUCACGACCGUAUACGGCUUUUAUGACGAAUGUCUACGAAAAUAUGGAAGCGCAAACGUGUGGCGAUAUUGCUGCGAUGUCUUUGAUUACCUAGCUCUCGGCGCUAUCGUGCUCGGCGCAUCCAACACCCUAUCGCCACCCAACGACAGAGUGUCUAGCGAAGCUUACGAGGAAGAAGAAAUCGAGAUAGAGGUCUGCAACGCAGAUGGAGAAGUAAUGAGCAGGUUCGGCAGACAGGCUGCCGAACAAAAGAGCCCCAACGGCAUUCCGGCAAACACGGGCCCUCCAGGUUCCGGCGCGUCAGGAUCCAGCGGCGGGAGUAACGGAAACCCUACCGGUGCAGUGCUAUGCGUUCAUGGUGGUCUCUCUCCGUUGAUAGAUACGGUGGAUAAGAUCCGCCUGCUUGAUCGGAAACAAGAAGUGCCUCAUGAGGGUGCCAUGUGCGAUCUGCUUUGGUCAGACCCCGACGAAAUUGACGGUUGGGGUCUUUCGCCGCGAGGCGCAGGCUUCUUGUUUGGAGCCGACAUAGUCAAGGUCUUCAACCACAAGAAUGACCUUUCGUUGAUUGCACGGGCACAUCAACUGGUGAUGGAAGGGUUCAAGGAAAUGUUCGAUGCCAGCAUAGUGACGGUAUGGUCAGCACCCAACUAUUGCUACAGAUGUGGUAACGUUGCCGCUGUGCUUGAGCUCUCUGAGGACGGGGGUGGCGAAAGCAUUAUGAUGCGCAGCAAUGGUGAUAUUGGGCGGUCACAGGACGCCAGGGGAAUCCUGACCGACACCGACAGCCUGAUGAAGAGUGGCCCAGCCAGGCGGUACAGGGUCUUUCAGGCGGCGCCGCAGGACUCGAGAGGCAUGCCGGCCAAGAAGCCUGUGGCUGAUUAUUUCCUUUAA